AUGGUUCAACUUGCUUCUGCCCUCGCCGUCGGCCUUCUUGGUCUGACUGCUGCUGUGUCCGCUCAUCCCGGCCAUGAUGUUCGUGCUGAAGCCGCCGAGCGUGCUUCCUUCCUGAAGAAUGCCAAGGUUCACCAGCGCAGUCUCGCGCAGUGUGCCUCCAAGCUCAAGGCUCGUGGCCACGAGAACGCCAACGUUGCUCGCCGUGCCAACCGUGUCAAGGCCAUCCGCCAGAAGCGUGGCCUCCAGCACAGUGCCCAUUUCCACAAAGCCCGCUCUCUUACCAGCAUCCUUAACACCGAUCACAACUCUACUCUAGUUGGUGUCAGCCCUUCUACCGACCCCAGCGUUCUAUUUGGAUCCGAGUCUACUUGCAUCCUCGGCCCCGAUGUCACCCAGGGACCUUACUACGUCACUGGCGAGCUCAUCCGUGAGAACAUCGUUGAGGACCAGGAGGGUGUCCCUCUCUAUAUGGACAUCCAAUUGAUCAACACCAACACCUGCGAGCCCAUCCCCGAUAUCUACACCGAUCUGUGGCACUGCAACUCCACCGGAGUCUAUUCCGGUAUCGUUGCCAGCGGUAACGGUGAAUCCUCCGAUGAGGCCAACAUUGACACCACCUGGCUCCGCGGUAUCCAGCCUAGUGACAAGAAUGGUGUUGUCUAUAUGGAGUCCAUCUUCCCCGGCCACUACACCAGCCGCGCCACCCACAUCCACGUUCUCACCCACCCUGUCAACGAGACCACCGUUAAUGCCAAUGGUACCAUCUCGGGUCUGUAUAGCUCGUCGUCUUCGCACGUUGGCCAGAUCUUCUUCGACCAGGACCUGAUCACUGAAGUCGAGAAGACCGCCCCUUACAACACCAACACUCAAGAUGUGACCACCAACGCCAAUGACUCCAUCCUCUCCGAAGAAGCUGACACCAUUGACCCUUUCAUGGAGUAUGUCUACCUCGGUGACUCCGUUUCUGACGGUAUUUUCGCUUGGAUCUCCAUGGGAAUGGACCCCACUGUGGACACUACCGUUACCCCCGCUGCUUAUUACACCGAGGAUGGCGGUGUUGAGAACGAGAGCUCGGGCUCCGGUAUGGGUGGCGGUGGUGGUAUGGGUGGAGGCUCUCCUCCUGGCCAAUCUGGUUCUUCUACCACUACCGCUGCCGCUGGUCGUCGCACCACUGUUUAG